AUGUAUAACAUAACAUUGCCAUUAAUAUCACUAUUAAAUGUGCAUGUUAUUGAGUCUAUUAGUAAAUGGAAUUUUAGCUAUAAUCCUUUUAAAAUUUUAUCAAGUUUUAAAUAUACAGCCACUGAAGAUGAAAUUUUGAUUGGAUUCCAUGUCGAUGAUUGCGAAUAUUGUCAAGAAAUGAAGACACUAUUGCGACGACUAGAACUGGAGGAGGGAAUCAGAGUCCAUAUUUUAGACGCUAGUAUGCCAAAAAACUUGAAGUUAUUAAAGAGACUAGAUAAUGGAAAAUGUGGAGGUCUGCCUUUUUAUUACAACGUAAAAACUAACCGCUAUAUUUGUGGAGCUACUGCUUAUGAAAAUUUACUCGUUUGGGCAACAAAUGGUGUUAAUAAAACGCACAUGCCCCCAAGAAAUAGCGAGAUUGAAGAACACAAAAAAUAUCGCAGUUUGGGACUAAUGUGUAGAUUGAUCAGGUGGUUAAAUGAGAGUUUGGAUGUGGACGUAAAAAAAUAA